AUGGUUGAUUCCAUGUGGGAUUCCUUGUCAAACUUCCCUAUUGAUGCCAAAAUGACGGUCACUGUUAAACGCCGGAAUCGCUUUAUCCACAAACCCGACUUCAAAGGCACAGUUGCGCCUCGUAGUCUACCACCCGAUGACAAGUUUAAUGACUGUGGUUAUGGUGUUACCCAGGCCUGCCUUCGCGAAAUCUAUAACAUUGGGAACUUCAUGGCUACACCAGAUCCGCGAAAUAAACUUGGAAUAUCAGGUUAUCUCGAGGAUUAA